AUGCUGGUACUGCGUGACGCGGACGCCGAGCUACCGCGCGACGCCGACGUGGCGGAGCUGGGCGGGCUGCGCUUCGAGCGCUUCGCCCACCCCCAUCUCCGCGGGCCCGACGAGGAGCAGGUCACCGAGACCCUGAUUCCCGGCACCCUGGUGAUGCUGAUGCGCUCCCAGGGCUACGGGGAGUAUUACUACCAGACCACCUCCACCGACUACGGGCGCACCUGGAGCGCCGCGGGGCCGGCGCUGUGGCACUCGCCGGUGCCGAGCCAGCCCUACCUGAUCACCCUCACCGACGGCACCCUGGUGGCGGUCAACGGGCAGCGCCAGAACUGCCGCAUCGUGGCCACCGCCUCGUUCGACAACGGCGCGACCUGGGACGUCGCCCAUCAGCAGGUGGUGCUGGACCACCAGCGCUUCCUGGGCGCCGACUUCGCCUACCCGCAGCUCACCGAGGUAGCCGACGGCCGCCUGCUGUCCAUCUACUACAGCCACGAUCACAAGGAUGAGAGCGGCGAGCGCAGCGGGAUCUUCGGGACCUUCCUGGAGACGCGCUUAUUCCGCCCCGCCUACCGCGGCGUGGAGCUGGCCGAGGUGGGCGCCGUGCGGCGCGGACUCCACGGUGGCGCACUGGCGCUUCGACGAGGGCGAGGGCAGCGUGGCGGCCGACGACGGCGGGCCCCACUACGCCAAGCUGGCGGGGCCGGCCUGGGUUGCCGGCAAGCGCGGCACGGCGCUCCGUUUCGAUGGCCGCGACGACUACGGCUACGUGUUGGAGUGCCCGGAGCUGCGCAUCGCCCGCGAGUUCACGGUGGAAGCGUGGAUCUCCACCGAGGAGCCGGAGCGCACCCAGACCAUCGUCUCCAAGCUGCCGCACUACUGGAUCGGGCUGCACCGCGGCCGGCUGUGCCUGCGCCGCGGCGGGAGUGGCCGGUCAUCCCGCUGCUGGAGAACCUGGCUGCCACCACCCUGGAGGCCGGCCGCUGGUACCACGUCGCGGUGGCGGUACGCAUCACCCUGGACUCGUACGAGCGGGUGCUGUUCUACCUCGACGGGGAGGUGGACGCCAACGACAACCUCGCGCUGCCCGCCAGCGCCGAGCACGCCGCCGCCAUCAGCGACUGGCACGAGUCGGCCGGCCCGCGCUGGCAGGCGCACCACCAGCGCCGCAGCCGCCACCAGGACAUCGGCGAGCAGGCGGACACCAUCCGCGCUGCCGAGGACCACCUCUACAUCGGCAUGCAGCACGACCGGGGGACGGCUCCAUUCGCCGGCCUGAUCGACGAGCUGGCGCUGCACGGCAGCGGCCUGCUGCCGGGCGAGGUACGGGCCAGCAUCGCCGUCCACCGCCGCGGCGACGGCGAGGUGUGCUCGGGCGUGAUCGCGCGCCCCGUCUCCGGCUGGGGCCGCUUCGGCGCCGAAGUGUACAUACCCGAGGCCACUGCCAUCGAGUUCGCGGUUACCGCACCGGAUGGCACCGUCCUGCGCACCGGCGUCAGCCCGGGCGACUCGCUGGCCGACCUGGAUGCCCCCGAGCUGCGGCUGGCCGCGCGCCUGACCAGCUCCGACCCGGGCCGCACCCCGGUGCUGCGUUCCUGGUCGCUGUUAGAAGCAGACAGGUAG